UAAUCAUUAAUACAGUUUUUAUAAUUUUUUAUAGGUUACUAUUUAUAUAUAGACAGUGGUAAUCAUUCUAUAGGAGAUUCUGCAGCUGUGUCAACACAAAGUUUACCUGCAAGUAGAGAAAAAUGUCACUUAAGAUAUUGGUAUUUUAUGUAUGGCUCUAAAUCAAUGGGAAAACUAACAGUGUCGAUUUAUGGAAAUAAGGGACAAAUUAUUCCAGUCAAUACAAUCAGCGGUCCUAUUGAAAAACAAUGGAAAUAUGCUCAUGCCAAGAUUAACAGUGUUCAAGACUAUAAAAUUGUAUUUGAAGGUUUUGUUGGAGGAGAUGAGUAUACAGAUAUUGCAAUUGAUGAUGUUUCUUUCACAGAAGAAUGUCAAGAAGGGGGUAAGUAAACUAAUUUAAUACAU